AUGAGUGGAAGAUUUCAGAAUACUGGACGUGGAUGCAAUGGAAGAAAUGCUGGGCAAAACAGAUUGCAGCAAGGCCAAGGUAAUGGUCAAUACAAUGGAGAUAAGAGUGGCAAUGGUAGCCAAAAAGAGAAGAAGUUUCAUCCUCUGACUAGAGGAAACAUUCCCAAAUUUAACUUUGAUGAAGUAAAGAAGACAUUGGUGAUCAAAAUGUCAACGAUGAAGAUGGAUCAUAUUGAUGACACGAUUCUUACACGCGCAUGUGAAUUCCCAACAAACAAAACAAGCCAAACAACAAUAAAAAUGAUGGAGCUCAGUGUUCGCAACAACAAACUUGAGCGUGUAUGCGGAUCAAAAGAUCAUGUCGCACCUCAAUGUGCGGACAAAUUGAAGCAGAGGGAACAGUGGAAAACCCUGGACAAAGAUAGGGAUUAUUCAAACAAGAAUGGUUGUGGUAAUCGACAAACUAUGCAACAUGAUGGAAAUGCAACGCGUGAUGAUAAUGAAUCAGGAGAUUCAAAUACUCAAUGGAACUAUGGACCACAAGGGAUAAUGUUUUUUCAAACAAUACUGGUAUCCACUUGGACAGUGAAUCUACUUUUCAUUUGCAAACCAAUGAACAUGGCUUUAAAGAAGGAAGUCUACAAGGAAUUCAUGGAGGAUUCCAUUAUGCCUCUAAUGUGGAGGGAAGAGAACUUUAUCAAGAAGGAAUUGAUGAGGUAUUUGAUUCUGUUUGUAAGCUUGGUACAUGAGCUAGCGACAACAUCAACAGCUUGUCGAAUAUGGUACAAGAUGGAUUUGAUGUAUUUAUGGACACAAAGAGAGAGAACAGCUUCUUUGUGA